AUGACGACUAACACUCGUAUUGGUACGAUACAGAAUGCAGCUCUCAGCUUCAAUUAUACGAAUUUUACAUGGCUCAAUGGUACAUCGACGUCAUGUAUAUGUCAAGCACUACGCCUUUCAUUCGCAUCAGAUAUAAUAGCAAUGAAUACAUAUUCGUCUAACUUAACAUGUCAAUUAUUUACAUUUAUACCUAAUUCAUAUCAAAUUAUAAGCUCGAAUCAAUCUAAAGUUCUAGUACUAAAACCUUUUCCACCAUCAAUAUCACCUUGUUGUCUGAUAACCGAUAUGGAAAAUAUAAUUGGGGAAAAUAGUUAUACUUCUGCAUCUGUCAAUUUAGCAACAAAUAUUAUGAUGGAUAACAGUGGUCAUAUUGUUGUUGUGAAUACAGAUGGAUACAUGAUAGCGAUGAAUCCAGAUAACUUGAGUACUAACAGUUCAAAAUAUAUCGAUAGUAACGUAUCGAGAUAUAUAUUUUUUAAUAAUUAUUAUUAUUUUACAUUAAUCAACAGUAUUGUAAUAUAUAAUAGUAGUAAAGUCUACGUGACAAAUUUAACAACAGCUUCGAAAGCAAAAGGUAUUGCUGGAUUAAAUAAUCAAAUAUUUGUAACAUUCUGUUUAACAAAUACAGUUAUUAUUUAUAAUCAAUUAUCAAAUGGUGCUUUAACACUGAAUAUGUCACUAACAACAUUACAGCAGUGCCCAUCUGGUAUAACAAGUGUUAAUCAAACAACAUUAUACAUUGUAUAUUUUAAUGUAACAAAAGUAGAUCAGUUAAUUUAUAAUGAAACAGGAUUAUGGACAAUAAAACCAUUUUUUACCUAUAAUACUACAGGUGGUGCACAAGAAAUAACAAGUAUCAGAACUGAUUCAUGUCAACGUAUAUGGAUAGUGCCAUACUAUGGUUUUCUUAUUUUUGACCAAUUUGGUAGAUUCAUAGAUAGUCUAUCAAUAAGCAAUAAUCCAGUAGAUUUAUUUUUUACAACAAAUUACAGUGUAUACGUAACAACAGAUUAUAAACUUAAACGUUAUGUAUCAAAUAUUAGUUGUUAA